AUGAAUUUUGUGUCCAACCAACUUACCGGAGGAGUACCAUCGUGGUUGGGUGCCUUGGCUCAACUUCAGUAUUUGCUUCUUACUAGCAAUAGCUUUACAGGUGAAAUUCCUCGGGAGAUUGGUAACCUUGUUAAUCUAGAGGAAUUAAAUGUAGGGCAAGCGGGACUCAUUGGUCACAUGCCAUCUUCUAUUUUCAGUAUCAUUUCUCUUAAACUGCUUGAUUUUGGCAACAAUAGCUUAACAGGUGUAAUACCACAAGAGAUUGGCAACCUUCGCAAUAUGGAGCGUUUAGUAUUACAUUUCAAUAGCUUUAAAGGUCCAACUCCAGCAACAAUCUUCAACAUCUCAACACUACGAGUGCUCUCAUUAGUGGCUAAUGACCUUUCAGGCAAUCUUCCAUCAAGCAUAGGUCAUACACUACCCAAUCUCGAAGGGCUCUAUCUCGAAGAAAAUUACUUUAGUGGAACUCUUCCCCCCUCCAUAUCAAAUGCCACAAAGCUCACUCUUUUAUCACUCGUCUCCAACUCCUUCACUGGUUCAAUUCCUCACUCACUUGGUAACUUGGUACAAUUCGAGUCUCUAGGCCUUUCACUGAACAACUUCACCACUGAAUCUUCAUCUCCGGAACUGAGCUUCCUCACUCCCUUGACAAACUGCAGACGCUUAAGAACAUUGACAAUCAAUUGUAAUCCUCUAAAGGGCAGUCUUCCGGUGUCCAUUGGAAAUCUCUCCACUUCUCUCGAAAUGUUUGUUGCAACCAACCGUGGAAUUGUGGGCAGCAUUCCUAGUGACAUUGGUAAUUUAAGCAAUUUGACAUCCUUGUAUUUAGAUGGCAAUCAUUUGACUGGGCUUAUUCCGACAACCAUCAAAGGGUUAAACAAGAUUCAAAGAUUGCAUCUUGAUUACAAUCAAAUACAAGGAACCAUUCCUGAUGAGAUCUGCCAUUUACUCAACUUGGGUGAGUUAGCUUUGAGUGAAAAUACUCUGUUUGGUCCCAUCCCUGCUUGCUUGGGGAAUGUUACUUCUUUAAGAUAUCUAUAUCUGGAUUCCAACAGAUUAAAUUCCAGCUUACCAACAAGUAUGUGGAACCUCAAAGAUCUUCUGCGGUUGAACUUAUCCGCGAAUUCUCUAAGUGGUCAUCUACCUCCGGAGAUUGGAAGUUUAAAGGUAGUGAACCUGAUUGAUCUUUCAAUGAAUCAAUUCACUCAUGAUAUCCCUGUUAGGAUAUCCCCUGCUAUCCAUGAGGAUGAUGAUCAUGAUGACCCUCCUCCAGUUGAUCCUCCUAUCCCUAUGCCACCUCCACAGACCGAUCCUGCUAUUCUCGAGCUCCUCACGCAGCAAAAUGCUCUUCUACAUGAGCAUAUCAACAUCUCUUGCCGGACUGAAUCUAAAGUCAAUGAUUUGGCCUACUGUAUAGACACUAUUGAGGGUGAUGUCGACUCCAUCAAGACGAAUCUCGAGGAACUGCGUAUGGCUGCCGAUCUUCCUCCCUAUUGA